CGCACGCAGCCUCAGCCCCUUCCCCGCCCUUUCUCUUCCCGGUUUCCCUCUCAGACUGCGGGUACCUUUUGGUGGCUGCUUCCGGUAGGAACGCGGUGCAAGGCGAGCUGGUUUCAGUUCCUCGUCAUGUCCUACGGUCCCUUAGACAUGUACCGAAACCCGGGGCCCUCGGGGCCCCAGCUCCGGGACUUCAACAGCAUCAUCCAGACAUGCAGCGGCAACAUCCAGCGGAUCAGCCAAGCCACUGCUCAGAUAAAGAAUUUGAUGAGCCAACUAGGAACUAAGCAGGACUCAAGCAAGCUACAGGAAAAUCUGCAGCAGUUGCAGCACUCCACAAAUCAGCUUGCCAAGGAAACAAAUGAAUUGCUGAAGGAAUUAGGGUCCUUACCCCUUCCCUUAUCUACUUCAGAACAGCGCCAGCAGAAACUUCAGAAAGAACGCCUCAUGAAUGACUUCUCUGCAGCCUUAAAUAAUUUCCAGGCUGUUCAGAGAAGGGUAUCUGAAAAGGAAAAGGAGAGUAUUGCCAGAGCAAGAGCUGGAUCUCGUCUUUCUGCAGAAGAGAGACAAAGAGAGGAGCAGCUUGUUUCAUUUGACAGCCAUGAAGAGUGGAACCAGAUGCAGAGCCAGGAGGAUGAGGCAGCUAUCACUGAGCAGGAUCUGGAACUCAUUAAAGAAAGGGAAACCGCUAUUCGGCAGCUGGAGGCUGACAUUUUGGAUGUCAAUCAGAUAUUUAAAGAUUUGGCCAUGAUGAUCCAUGACCAAGGUGAUCUGAUUGAUAGCAUAGAAGCCAAUGUGGAAAGCUCAGAGGUGCAUGUUGAAAGAGCCAGUGAUCAGUUACAGCGAGCUGCUUACUAUCAGAAAAAAUCUCGUAAGAAGAUGUGUAUCCUGGUACUUGUCCUGUCAGUGAUUAUUGGAGUCUUGAUAGUUAUUAUCUGGCAAGUUUCUAAAUGAAGUGUGACUGCCUCAGAGCCUUCUCCUGCUGAGUUGUUUUCAAAAGCAAGUGCUUGUUGGAGUCUUGCGAGAACAAACUGAUCACAAGAAGAGAGCAUACACCAGAAUGUCCUGUAAUAAUUUAGUUAGAAACUAACUACUAACUAGUCCUUGGAAUUAGUGACCUAUGGAGACAGUAUUUAUCAAUUUAUGUAUACAGUUUAUUGAUUUCUCAAAUUAGGAAUUAACUUAUAUGAAUUUUGCUUUCUCUUGUUUUCUGAUUGYCCUUCAUUCCAGGUGUUUACUGAAAAUUCCAUUCUACAUAUUCUUUUUGACAGAUGACACUACAGUCUCAUUAUAUUGUCUUUUUAUGUAUAUAUAAAAUUUACCUUUUUACUAGCAACUGAGAUGAAUUACUUUCUGGGACUCAGCAUAUUGGAGUCUCUCAGAAACUGUACAAUAUGCCAGCAAUUUUUAUUAUUUAACAUUCUAAUUUGAAUUUAUAAGAAGUUUAUUACCUGCUUUGCAAAUUUUUGGCACUAUAUUUAACUGGAGAAUACCUGUGAUUUAAAUUGAAUGAGAAAAAAGAUGAGAAGUAUCUAUUUGAACUGGCUGGUUGCUGGGUAUGUGUUUUAAUCAAGUUUGAAGUUUACUUUAUCUACUUUAUCUGCUAGUGUCAUCCACAGCAGUUCAUCCUCAUAUACACUAAGCCAUCUUGUUCCCUUUUCAAAGAGGUUAAUUUAAUCAUUAUUAAUAUACUCUAUGGGUCCUUCUCCCACCUGUCUGCAAAGAAAGGGAGAAUUAGACAUAGCAUGCUUUUGGAAAGCAAAUAGGAAUUGUUUGGAAUGAUUUAAUCUUUCUGUUGUUGUUGUUCACUUGUGGUUUUACAUUCCUAGUGAAUGAUGAAUUUGCUGUCAAAAGGCUGCCCCUACCCUGUAAGGGUUUCUGGGCAUUUGAUGGCAGGGAGAUUUUAAAAGUUAAACUGAAGUGGAUUUAAAACUUAGUCCUGUGAACCUGGUGAUAAAGCAAAGGUUCAUUUUUGUAAAUAAUACUGGUUUGGUAUAGUGAUGUUAGACUCAUUCUAAUUUAUGAAUAAAUAAAACUCCAUGCAUAGUUUUAGACAAAAAAGAUUCAAUAAAAGAUUGCUGUCCUGUAAUAUAAAUGUUGUCCACUUCCCUUUUUCCACAGGCUUAAGUACAUAAAUGUGAACAGAGCCAACAAUUUUAGUUCAUCCUUUAGUGAAUUUAAAGAUUUGGCUACUUAACAUAUAUUUAUGUUCAUUUCUUUCAGUUGCCCUUAAUGUUAAUUAAUUUUCUUGUACUAAA